GUUUGAAGUGUGCAGCAUGGCGGUAGUGUGUGAAGUGUUGGCCGGUCUUGUUGUGCCGUAAGCCGCUCGCUCGUACACGCUAUACUCCGGUCCGGUGGUAGGCCGCAGAGCCAGGGACAUGGAUGAUUUGAAGCUGCAGUUCCCUUCCCUGCCCCCGUCUAAGGAGGACGCCGAGGAUUGGUCGUAUCCGAUGCGGAGGGAGAUGCAGGAAAUUCUGCCAGGCUUAUUUUUGGGUCCAUAUUCAGCCGCGAUGAAAAGUAAGCUCUCAAUGCUUCAGAAAAAUGGAAUAACCCACAUAAUCUGCAUCAGACAAAGUAUUGAAGCAAAUUUUAUUAAGCCAAACUUUCAACAUUUAUUCCGCUAUUUAGUACUGGAUAUGGCUGAUAACCCCAUUGAAAAUAUAAUUCGUUUUUUCCCAACGACUAAAGAAUUUAUUGACGAGUGUUUACAAACUGGAGGAAAAGUUCUCAUACAUGGAAACGCAGGGAUUUCUCGAAGUGCCGCCUUAGUUAUUGCAUACGUUAUGGAAACAUUUGGAAUCAAAUACAGGGAUGCAUUUACGUACGUGCAAGAGAGAAGGUUCUGUAUUAAUCCCAAUCCUGGAUUUGUCCAUCAACUGCAGGAAUAUGAAGCCAUCUAUUUAGCAAAGUUAACCAUCAAAAUGAUGUCUCCUCUUCAGCUAGGAAGACCUUUAUCCCUACAGUCUGGUGCUACAGGAAGUCUCAAGCGGAUGCUCGAGGAGGAUGACGACUUGGGAAACAUGCAGGUGUCGGCAACCCAUGAUGGUUAGUUAUUACUGUACAUUAACAAGAAGACUUGAAUGGGUUGGAACGCAACAAGCUCACUGAAAAAUACAAAUAUUUAGUUCUGUUCUUGCCCUGGUGCUGCUAUUGGGAUGUAUGGACAACGAUUGGCUUCUUCUUCGUUAUGAGUGAAUGGCACUAAUUGUUUUACUACUUUUUACACAGUCGUUUUACUAAAAAGCGAGUAACUUUUUUUUUUUUUUUUGGACCUGCAAAGAGGUAUUAUUGCAAUAACGCACUUUUCAUACUUGAAGUUUUUUCCCCUUUAUUUGUAAAAUAUAAAUUAAUUGAAUGCAAUGCAAAUGUUUGGGAGGGAUGACAGUGUGUAUGUAUAUAUAUGUAUAUGUGUAUAUAUACACACAUUAGAAAAUUAUUUAUAAGAAAAGGCUUUAGUAUUGAAAUAUUUGCUAAAAUUUUGUGUUUUGUAAAUACAUUUUUAUAGGUUUAGGAGUUCUGAAAUUUUUAACAUACUUGGUUAUAUACAAAAGCAUACUUGAUAAGUGAAACGGAUUGUACACAUUACUGCUAAUAACUAAAAACGUAUUGAAGUCCUUUUUAUUAUGCAAUUUCUAUUGUGGCUUUUGCCAAAAAACUUUUUUUGUUCAUAAAAAAAAAAAAAUUGUACUGAUGUUUUCCAAAUAAACAAACUGUAAAACUAAAGUGAAA